UUGGCUUUUUUUGUUUGUGUGCGUAUUUUUAUUGAGGGUUUAUUGACUGAAGCAGCUGAUUUUAUGAACACAAUUUGCAUCUAUUCACGAAAAGAUUGAACUAUGUACAAAAUUUAGUUUUUCUAAAAAGUGAAUCGUUCUAAAAAUGAUAACGAGUUUUAAAUAAAGAAACCAUGGACCAGAAUUCAGCGAAAACAGCUAGUCUACCAAACAAUGGUACGGAAGGGAUUGAUUUCGACCUGGAACAGCCGCUGUGGUGUUUGGAGGAGCUUCAGAAAGCGGCUAUUGAGCAUCGACUCCUGCGUCCACGGAGCCUGGCCUGGGCUAUUAUGCUGAACGCUUUGCCACCUCCGAAUGCGGACAUCGUUUCUCGCCUAAAGUGCCAUAGGAACUUCUACGAUGACUUGAAAGUGAAAUUAUCGAUGGAUCCGAGAGCCGUGAUUGGGGAUGACCCACUCUCUCAGAACGAUAAGAGCGCUUGGCGACAGCACUUUUGCGACAACGAACUCAAAACUGUGAUACUCCAAGAUGUCGUGAGGACGUUUCCUGAUGAGCUUUACUUUAGGGAGAAAGACGUUCAAGAUCUGAUGGUCCGAGUCCUCUUCUAUUGGGCGCGUUCGCACUCGCACGUGGGCUACAGACAGGGCAUGCACGAGAUACUGGCUCCGCUACUCUUCGAGCUGUAUUUGGACAGGAAGUUCGCGCCCCGGGCCAUCAGUGACAAAUUAAAAAUUAUACUCGACGAAGAUUAUUUGGAGCACGACAGCCACAUGCUGUUCAGCACCGUGAUGCAGGGACUGGAGAGGUUUUACGUGACUGGCGACGUCGUGCCCUCGCCCUCCGGUAGGAUGCCCUCUUCCAGGAUGAUCCACAAUCCAAACGAAGUGGUGAGAUACCUGGAGAAGGUCAAGGAGGACUACUUGUUCCCGCUGGACCCCGAGCUCGCCACGCACCUGACCAACUUCAACAUUUCCUUGGAGCUCUUCGGAAUCCGCUGGCUCCGGCUGCUGUUCGGGCGCGAGUUCCCGCGCGCGCAGCUGGCGCCGCUGUGGGGCUUCCUGUUUGCGCAGGGGCCGGCGCUGCCGCGGCUGCACUACGUGGUGGUGGCCGCGCUGCUCGCCGCGCGCGCCUCCCUGCUGGACAACGACCCGGGCGCGGUGCUGUCCGCCCUCAUGCGGCCCUCGCACGCCAGCGCGGCGCACGUGUGCGCACUCGCGCUGCAUCUGUGGCGCCCCCUGGAGCACCCGCGCCCGCCGCCCCCGCCGCCGCCGCGCGCCGCCGACAGCCACCCCGCGGAGCCGACGAGGGAGAGGAGAGAGACCUGGAACAUCGAGGUGGUCGGCAGCGAGGCCGUGAGCUCGGGCUCCGAGUCGGAGGGCGUGGCGGAGGGCGGCGACGUGUCGCGCUCCCUGGCCGCGCUGGCCGUGCUGCGCGCGCACCUGCCGCCCGCCGCCGCCGCGCUCGCCGCCGCCCUGCCGCGCCCGCCGCCCGACGCACUGCCGCACCUGCGCCGCAUCCUGCACCUCGCGGCGCUGCUGCAGUGCAAGAAUCACACCCUGAUCGACGUGGAGACCGCCUUGGAAGCCGCCGAAGGGCAGCAGCCGACCGACAACAUCGGGCGCAAGCAGCUGGUGCCGGUCACCGCCAUCGCUGUCAAGAACAAACCCAACAAACAAAACUUCGGUCCGCUGAACAAAGUCAAGGAAGUGCAACUGAAGGUGUUCCACCAAGUGGAGUGCGACCGAGCCGGCGACCUGCCCUGCCUCGACCCUCUGAGGCUGAGGACCGAAUGACUGAGACGGAAGUUUGCGUUGUACAGUUGCUAGACGCCCUCCGCUGGAGGUCAUACGUAAACACAAACUGUUCUUUGUGAUGUAGGUAAUAAAACUGAUAAUUGUUUUGUGUCACAAUUAGACGAGGUACAAGUCACACACACGGUGAUCACAUAUAGAUACUAAACACCCAAACAAAGUGCGAACAAUCUAGUUCAUCACACAAAUGUUUGGCCGACGUGGGAAUCGAACCCGCGACCCUCGGCCCAACAAUUAUGGUGGCUAACUACUGCUUCACCGAGUCAGUCACUUGUAUCAAGUUGGGUGUUCACGAACUUGUGAAAAAACGUUCAAAUAUGUGAUUUAAAUUAUUAUUUUUAAUAAUAUAAGGUGAGAUAUAAACAUGCUCCUUGGGACAGUUGCUGACCGGUGUCAGAAUGCAUUUGCACAUCACUUCAGUAGUUGGAAAUUUGUAAUGUAUUUGUUUAUUAUAGCAGCGGUCGGGGAACUUUUUUUAUUGAUUACCCCAAAAUAUUUUUGUGUAAGUUGAUAUUACCCCGUGGA